AUGCCUCUGGGAUUAUCCCAACCUCUUGGAUAUGCUGAGCAAGCAUGUAAAGAAUGUCGACGGAGGAAAUCAAAAUGUAAUAAGGGAAUCCCCACCUGUAACAUGUGCCUAAGAUACAGAAGACAUUGUCUAUAUGAAAAACAUUCACGGACUCCACUAACCAGGAGGCAUUUGACUGAAGUAGAGGAAAGAUUAGAGCAGGCAGAGGCUUUGAUCAGACAACUAAGAGCUGCGCUCCCACCACAAACAUUGUCAAGCGAGGGUUCGAGUAACACAAUUGACUCGCCCAACCAGCUCUCUGAUACCACUGACCCGGCUCGCAUCAAGCAAGAUCACCCCAGACUAGGCUCAGAUGAGAUUGAUAUGUCGUUGAACACCAGGCAAGUCGUCAAUGGCGAGUUGUCCGGGGCCAGGUCACAUUUGCAGCAGCCAUCAACUCUUGUACCACAACGAAAUAUGGGGACAUCAGAGCACAUAGAGAGUUCUGAAAAAUCGCAGGAUGACGAAUUUGAAAGCCCACCAUCAACAGGCGACUUUGGUUGGAAUGAGCAUGAGGCUGUCCAACAAAAUUCUCCGGGGUUGUCGACUGCAAGCGACUUCAACGAAACAAGACAGAUCCUAGAUGGCAUGGCAUCGCUGACCGUCUCAGAGCAGCGAAGUGGUUAUCUCGGGAUCGCUUCAGGCGCCGCUUUCCUACGCCUUUUAGAGCCUGUGGAAUACAGAAAUGCACAAACUCAUUCUCCUAUCGAGACUGAUAACCGCAUUUCCCUAGUUACGCUUCCCAAUCUAAACAAACACAUAGCCGAUACCAUGAUCGAUGCCUAUUUCAGGAUAUAUCAUCUCAGUUAUCCCAUUGUCCACGAACCAACUUUCCGAGCUCAGUAUUCUGAAGUUAUUCGGAGACCCAACGGCGGAUCUUGGUAUAUCUUGGCAUAUGUUAUGGCUGCCUUAGGAGUGUUUACUACCGCAACGACUCUAAAUAAUCUGGAUUUGGAUCUUUUUCAGCACACCAAAUCCCUCCUCUCAUUUGACAUACUGGAAGUUGGCAGCUUAACAAUGGUCCAGGCUCUGACCUUGAUUUCGAAUUAUCAACAAAAGAGAGAUAAGCCAAAUUCGGCUUAUAGUUACUCGGGAUUGGCGGCCAGAAUGGCUAUGGCGCUUGGACUGCACAAAGACUUUCAGGGAUGGAAAAUCCCUCCUUUAAGCAUGGAAAUCCGACGCAGAGUUUGGUGGACGCUGAGCAUAUUUGACAUUGGUGCUACCAUCACAUUUGGUCGGCCGCAAGUGUGCCCAUUCAAUGGUGUUGACAUAUCAUUACCCAUGAAUGUUCAUGAUAAGGAUCUCACGGCCAUGUCCAGUUCAUAUCCCUCUGAUCCGGAAGAAAUAUCUGUUUACACAGCAGUUCGAACGCAAGCAAGAUUUUUCAUCGCUACAAACCCCAUAUAUAUCCGCAUCAUUUCAAAGCCUUUGCCCAGUGCCCGAGAGUUACUUCAAUUAGAAGCCCAGUGCCUGGAAUCGUGGGCAGAAAACACCCCAUCUUAUUUCUCAGAAACAGCGUCCAUACCACCUAAAUUUGUCUUUUCACACUCUGUUAUGCAAUGGAGGUGGCGAAAUUUUCGCAUGAUCAUGUACCGUCCAUUUGUUAUCCGACGGGCUUUACUCGCACGCAGCGGCCGUCAAGACAAUUCGAGUCCAGAGUCUCUCCAGGCUUAUGAGCGAUGUUUGAACGAUGCUAAGCAGAGCAUACUAUCAAUCAGUGCAUUCUGGGCUGCAAAUGAUCAUAUCCGCCUCUUUGCGUGGUAUGCAUUAUAUUUCCUUUUCCAAGCAGCUUUGAUCCCCUGUAUAUGCUUGCAAAACGAGCCUUCUUCUUCGAACGCGUCAGAUUGGCGUGAUCAAAUUGUCAGCUCUUUAAAAGUUAUCGCGGCACUGGUACCUGUGAAUCCAAGCGCUAGGCGAUGCCACCAAGUCAUUGUUAGCCUAUGUGGAACCCAUUUGAAUACACCAACGCAUCUUCUGGAAAAUGCCAAUGCAGAGGAAAUAUCAGCUCUUCAAUCGGGAGAUUUGAAUAAAGCUCAUGGUGGAAUAUACCUUCAAGCAUCAGAUGCAGACGGUGAUAGGCCAAUGAUAUCUGGGGAUAACACAAACGAUCAGAUGAAUGCGGUUUUUUCCAUGAUGUGGCCCAACACACUAUUCGAUACUGCUGGCAAGGAGCAUGAAGACUCUUGGAUGGACUUUCUUAAUGGGAUAUAA